AUUGGCCGGCCAGGCGGCACGUGACUCGGGAGCCGCGGUCUCCGCGCGCCGGAGCCCCAAGACUCCCGGCUCCUUCCCCCUCCCUCCGGCUCGUGACAACGAAGCGCCCGCGGACUGAGGCGGCGAAGACCGUGGCUGGGCUGCCGAUCGAGCGCGCGAGGGAGCCGGCCCUGCGGCCUGCCCCGCCUCCGGACCCUGGCUUCCAGCCCCCUCCCCCACAGCUCUUCCGUUUCGGCCGUUAGCUCCGCGCGGGCCCGGGGGCCGGCCGCGUCGUCUCGCGGGCAGCUGCCCUGACGGACCUCGGCGCGGCCUGGAAGCCAGCCUCCGCCUGCAACUGGGGCCCCGCACUCGGGGUCUCGCGCCCGGCGGGCUCUGCGUGGCCGCGCCCGGGGGCGAACGGGUCCUUCAGAGCGCUCUUUUUACUGGUUGCGUCCGGGGAGCGGCUCCAAGUCCGAGCCCGUGUCCGCGCCUCAAGUUCUCCCGGGGCGCCAGUGCAUCCCGCCUCGAGGUUCCGAGUUGCUCGGCCGACGUGGAGCCGGAGUCUCUCGAUUUCCUCCUGGGCCGGCAGACGGCACGGCCGGUGAGGCUCCCCCGGGCCCGCGGGGACCCAGCGAUGGGCCGCGGCGCGGGCUGGCCGCCCUCCGGGAGGCAUGGCUCCGGGGCCGGCCGCUAGCAGCGCCGCAGCCCGGGCUCCCGGGCCGGCAAUGAGGACGGUCGCGGGGGGACGAGUGCGGCCCGCGGGGCCGUAGCCUGCGUCGCGCCGGGGACAAAGAAGCCAUGCAGUGACACCUGCUAAGACUUGUUGGUAGCCAUGUCGGAGCCCCACAGGGUCCAGUUCACCUCUCUACCAGGUUCUCUGAAUCCUGCAUUUUUGAAGAAAUCCCGGAAAGAGGAGGUUGGGGGAGCAGAGCAGCAUCAGGACCCGGAGCCUGCUGCAGCAGCUGUUCGGAUUACACUCACUCUCUUUGAGCCAGAUCACAAGCGCUGCCCAGAGUUCUUCUACCCAGAGCUGGUGAAGAACAUACGCGGGAAGGUGAAAGGCCUUCCACCGGGAGACAAGAAGAAAGAUCUCCCGGAUCCUUUCAAUGACGAAGAAAAGGAAAGGCAUAAAGUGGAGGCCCUUGCCCGGAAAUUUGAAGAAAAAUAUGGUGGAAAGAAACGUAGAAAAGACCGAAUACAGGACUUGAUUGAUAUGGGGUAUGGUUAUGAUGAAUCCGAUUCCUUCAUCGAUAACUCUGAGGCAUAUGAUGAGCUUGUUCCUGCUUCUUUGACUACAAAGUAUGGAGGAUUUUACAUUAACUCGGGAACCCUGCAGUUUAGACAAGCAUCAGAAUCUGAGGACGACUUCAUUAAAGAAAAGAAGAAAAAAUCUCCAAAGAAGCGGAAGUUGAAGGAAGGUGGUGAGAAGAUAAAGAAGAAGAAAAAAGAUGACUCUUAUGACAAGGAGAAGAAAUCGAAAAAGUCCAAGUUUUCCAAAGCCGGCUUCACAGCCCUCAAUGCCAGUAAGGAGAAGAAGAAAAAGAAAUAUUCUGGGGCCUUGAGCGUGAAAGAGAUGCUAAAGAAAUUUCAGAAGGAGAAAGAGGCUCAGAGAAAGAGGGACGAAGAGCAUAAGCCUGUACCGGCCUCGUCAGCAGAAGCUCAGGGCCUACGGGAGCUGGAAGGCGCCUCUGACCCCUUGCUCUCGCUAUUUGGCUCCACUUCUGACAAUGACUUGCUCCAGGCGGCCACUGCCAUGGACUCACUGACUGAUUUAGACUUGGAGCAGCUGCUCAGCGAGUCUGCAGAAGGAAGCCCCUUCCGUGAGAUGGAUGAUGAAAGCGAUUCCCUUGGGGUGGGACUGGACCAGGAGUUCAGACAGCCCUCUUCCCUGCCCGAAGGCCUGCCUGCACCUCUGGAGAAGCGUGUUAAGGAGCUGGCUCAGGCUGCCAGAGCUGCUGAGGGAGAGAGCAGACAGAAGUUCUUCACCCAGGAUAUUAAUGGCAUCCUCUUAGACAUAGAGGUGCAAGCUCGGGAGCUGAGUAGCCAGGUCCGUUCUGGGGUGUAUGCCUACCUUGCUUCAUUCCUGCCCUGCAGCAAGGACACCCUGGUCAAACGUGCCCGAAAACUUCACCUUUAUGAACAGGGGGGGCGUCUGAAGGAUCCUCUCCAGAAGCUUAAGGAAGCCAUUGGAAGGGCAAUGCCAGAGCAGAUGGCCAAGUACCAGGAUGAAUGCCAGGCACACACGCAGGCCAAGGUUGCUAAGAUGCUGGAAGAGGAGAAAGACAAGGAGCAGAGAGAACGGAUUUGUUCUGAUGAGGAAGAAGAUGAAGAAAAGGGGGGCAGAAGGAUAAUGGGACCCCGGAAGAAAUUCCAGUGGAAUGAUGAAAUCAGGGAGCUGCUGUGCCACGUGGUGAAGAUGAAACUGGAGAGCUACGAUCUGGAGAAGAACAACAAGGCCCAUUCCUGGGAGGACUACGUGAAGGCCUUUCUGGAUGCUGAGGUCAGACCUCUCUGGCCCAAAGGCUGGAUGCAGGCCAGGACCCUGUUUAAGGAGAGCAGACGAGGCCACGGGCACCUGACAUCAAUCCUGGCCAAGAAGAAAGUAAUGGCCCCUUCCAAAAUCAAGGUGAAGGAAUCCUCUACUAAGCCUGAUAAAAAGGUGUCUGUCCCAUCAGGCCAGGUUGGCGGCCCUCUGGCUUUGCCUUCCGAACACCCGGGUGGAGGCCCGAGCACUGGAACUGCAAACAGGGAGCUCUCGUCCCAAGCAUCGGGGAGCCUUGCAAAUCCUGCUCCUGUCAGCCUGGAGGACUCACUAGAUGGAGACCUGAUCCGUAACUCAGCAUCUUCCUUGGAGGCUGUGUCCAAGGAACUGGCUGUGCUGAACAGCAGAACAAGUGGGAGCUCCGAGUUCACACUGCCUGCACCCUCAAAAGCGCCUGCGGAGAAAGCCGUGGGUGUCUUAUGCACAGAAGAAAAAAGGACCUUUCCGAAGCCCGGCCCUUCUGCCCCACCACCCUCGAGCUCUCUGCAGUCACCACUCAGUUUUCUGGCUGAACAGGCUCUGGCAUUGGGGCAGUCCUCUCAGGAGAAAAAACCAGAGAGUUCUGGCUACAAAGAGCUGUCCUGUCAGGCCGCCCUCAGCAAGGGCCUGCCGGACGUGCACCAGUCCAAAGCAAAGCACCACGGUUUGCCACGGACGUCUCACGCACCCCCAACAGCAGCUCCCGUGCCUGGCUCCUCGGUCAAAGUCUUUCAGGCAGGCACUCAACAGCAAAAGAGCUUCAGCGCCCCAGCUCCGUUUGUCAGUAAGCUCCAGGGCCCUAAGCCUUCCUCCCCACAGUGUCAUCGUUCCUUCCUCCAGCUCGUGAAGACGGCCACCAAAGGCCAGAGCUUCCAUCCCUCCACGCCAGCCUCUUCAGGAGGCACACCAGCCUCGAGCAGCAGCUCUCAUAAGACCCCAGCCUCGUCCUCUGCUGCCCUGAGCCAUCCGGCAAAACAGCACUCAGCCAGCUCUGCAGGGCCAUCUUACAAGAACAGCCCCUUUGCCAGUUCUGUCUCCAAACAUGGGAUUUCUUCUGGCAGCUCUUCCUCUGGAGGAACACCGGUCCAGAGCUCUGCUUCUGGGAACCUGCUCCCCAGCACACAGCCUCCCUCCACAGGACCGCCCCCCAGCCGGCCUGUUCCAGGCUCCACAGUGAAAAAACCACCUGUUUCCCAGAAGCUGACCCUAGUGGCCCCUCCGGGUGGUCCAAAUGGAGAUUCUAGUGGUGGGACCCAGGGCGUGGCCAAAUUACUGACCUCCUCCCUCAAGCCCAGUGCGGUUAGCAGCGUGACAUCGUCUACCUCCUUGCCAAAAGGAACAAGCGGGGCUGUGCUGCUGACCAGCUCCUCGCCCUUAAAUCUGCUGUCCUCAUCCUAUAAGGCAGGCAGCCCAAAGCUGCCCGGGGCCGUGAACUCGAACUCCCUGGGGAUAAUCUCCCCAUUUCCUCUCCGUGUGCUCUCCUUUAGUGCCGACUCCUCUGCCAAAGCAGGGGUCUCCAAGGACGCCAUCGUCACAGGCCCUGCCCCUGGGACGUUCCACCACGGCCUCAGCCACAGUCUCCUGGCUGGCUUGCACUCCAGCCCGCCCCACGCAGCGCCUCUCCCACACGCUGCCAUGUCCACCCACAUCUCGCAGAGUCUGCCAGAUGCUUCUCAGCUUCAUGGGAAAGGGCCCGGUGUACCACGGAAGUUGUGACCUCUUCAGAGGAAAAGCUGGAAGCUGAACGAGUAGUUCUCUGAACUUGGAUAAUCACUAUACUCUUUCUGCCGAUUGGUGCCGAUUUCUUCUGGAGAAGGCGUGAGUGCUGAGUGGAGCGUCUCUUGGCACUUGUGACGUGCCUUCAGUUAGGGGAGCAGCCUCGUGCUUCUCCGGAGGUACUGACUGGCCUGGUGCUCCAGGCCUCGUGACUUUGUCGCGGACAAUCGUUGGAGGGGCAGCUCUAGGCUGGGGAGCGCGCUGGGUCAUGUAUGGAGCUCUGGUGGCAGGACUGAACCCUUGGCACACCUGUGUUGUAAGUCUGCCCAAACCCUGGCAUUUGGUCAGAGUACCUCAUGGCGCCCUACUGGUCAGGGGCUCCUUCUGGCCACAGUCGGAUUCCCGGAUGGCCAUGGUGUCCAUCCGUCCUCAGGCUGUGUGUCAGUGGACGGAAACCCAGGCUCACACCCCAGCUGGGAGACUUACCUUAUCUCUUUGAAAAAUAUUCAGAACACCUAGUGUGUGCUCAUCGUGGGGGCCAGUUUCCCCGCUAAAUAUGACAAUGAAGCUCUUUUAGAGAAAAUACCUUUGUAGAUUCAACAGUUGUGAUAGGAUUUUUAAAGACACUUAUUUUUGGCUCAGUUUUCAUCAUUACCAUUAAAUGCAUUGGAUAGAAUGGGACUGUUCUUCGCACAUCAUAUUAUAGGAAGACAUUAUUCCAGUGCCUUUAUGGUGGAGCAGAAUUAGACACAUGUCCAUGUGGCCCUCCCUCUGAGCGGAUCUCAGAUGAAGGCCUUUUUUAAAGAUGUCUGUACUGAAGACAUAGCCAGUUUUAUGUAAUUAAGUUUUUUGUGGUCGCACAUCAUAAUCUGUGCUGUCCUGACUUAAAGAUCAUCUGGGUCCCCAAAUCCCAGGUUCCAAUUCAGCUAGCCCACCCCC